AUGUUCCUCCCAAGGAUUGUUCGCAGGUUCUUGCAGACCACAUACAGAUACACUAUGCUCCCCUCAAAGGAUGUUGUGGAAGUGGCCGAACCCGUUCCUCAUCAGGCCGACGAUGACUACGAUCAACGUCCCUCUCGGGACAACGGCAUUUGGAGUCGGGACAGGUUCUGUGGUGCUCUCGCCUAUAAUUUCGUUGGCUUCGGUCUUCCAGCUCUUUACAGCACGCUUUCAAAGCUAUGGGUAGCCAACAUCGACUCUUCCAUGGUCGUCACGGUUGACUCUUAUACCUAUAUUGGCGUUGUGGCUGAGGUUAUCAAUGAGGGCCUCCCUAGGGCAGCAUGGGUCAUCAUCGGAGACAAAUCCUCGCGCUCCCUCUCAUCCCGCAUUGCACUCACACAGACUCUGGUGCUGUUCCAAAGCAUCAUGGGUCUGCUUGUGAGCAUCAUCAUUCUUGGUGCUGCCGAACAAUUUGCUGCUGGAUUCGUCCCGGCAGACGUUCGCAGAGCAAGCUUGACCUACGUCCGCAUCAGCUCAUUCUCCGUCUUCAGUGCCGCGGUGGAAGUCGCCGUCACCAACGCGGCCAGAGCACUCGAUCACCCGGACGUCCCUUUUCUCAUCAGCGCGACACGCUUUGCCAUCAAUAUCGUCCUGGAUUUGCUUAUCAUCUCCCGAUUCCAUGUAGCAUCAUCCAAGCCCACCGUCAACAUACAGGCUGCAAUUCGGCUUGGGUGUGACUUUGCCGCUGCAUUUGCCGGCCUGGGAUACUUCGCCAUCAUCGUCUUCAAACUCCACAGAAGGAAUGGCGAUCUUCAAAAUGUUCCAGUGCCACGUCCAAGUUUGAGGGCGUUAAAAGUGCUUUUGCGACCUGGGGUCUUGACAUUUGCUGAGUCCGGAGUGAGGAACGCCUUCUAUCUCUGGCUCGUCAGCAACAUUGUGUCCAUGGGCGCGGACUAUGCGACCGCAUGGGGCAUCUUCAACACUAUCCGCUGGGGCCUGGUUAUGGUUCCGGUCCAGACACUGGAGGCAACGUCGAACGUGUUCACCGGGCACCGAUGGGGUCAAUGGAGGAAACAAGUUGGUACGGAGCUUCAAAAAGCCAAGGCGAGCUGGAAGCAGCUUCGAGACAUCGCUACUCCCGCUCUGACCGCAUCGGCGAUCGCGCUCGCAGUUGAAGUCCCGCUCUGCAUUUUCCUUUCCCUCUUCGGAUGCAAGCCAUUUGCAUACUAUCUCUCUGACUCGGACAGCGUGGCAUCAAUCACAGCCCACAUGUGGCGCACCAUCGACUGGUGCUACAUUUUCUACGCGCUCUGCACUGAGCUAGCAACAAUCCUCCUUUCCACGGUGCCGAGAUGGUACCUCUAUGAGUCACUGGUGGCGAAUUUGUUUUACGUUCUCCCUUGGGCGAUUGUUUGCCAAACGGCACAUCUCAACUCUUCUGACGCUUGGAGCUAUCAUGCGUUUGUAUUUGGAGGAAGCCUGGUCUUCAGCUUUUUCGAUGUGCUGCUCUUUGUGCUGCUUUGGGCCUGGAAGCUGAAUCGGGGCACACUCAACUUUGACAAGGUAACACUUGUGUGA